AUGUAUCUGCGAAGGACGCUGGCCAUUUGCCGGAUUAGCCGCUUAAUCCUUGGUCCGAGCAAAAUUCACUCUCUAAUUGGUUUAGUUUAUUAUAUUGUUUUAUUUUUUAAUCUUGCUAACUUUAGUUCUUUCCUUCUUUAUUUUUUAGGCUUAGCCGCUGCCUUGGCUGGCAUCAAACGUGAGGACAUGGUUGUAGAUCGCUCCAUGUCGCUGUCACCACCCAUGUCUGCAAAUACCUCGGCCAGCAGCCCCGUGGCCUCCACCAAUUCGCACUCGCUCUACCCUGCGAUGGGCCUACAGCAGGCUGCAGCCGCUUCUGCCUUUGGCAUGCUGUCGCCCACACAGCUGCUGGCUGCCAACAGGCAGGCGGCUGCCUUUAUGGCACAGUUGCCCAUGAGCACAUUGGCCAACACACUCUUUCCACACAAUCCCGCAGCGCUCUUUGGCGCUUGGGCGGCCCAGCAUCAGCAACAGCAGCAGCAUCAGCAGCAGCAUCAGCACCAGCAGCAGCAGUUGCAGCUGCCUCUAGCUGGCACUCAUCUGCAUUCGCCGCCUGCUAGUCCCCAUUCUCCGUUAGCCGGCAGUGGAAAGCAUCCGCUUAGCUCGCCCAAUAGCACGCCACAGCAUCAUUUGGGCAUGGGACUCGGCGAGCCCGUUAAGAAGGCGCGCAAGCUGUCGGUCAAAAAGGAAUUCCAAACGGAGAUCAGCAUGAGCGUUAGUGAUUUGUAUCAUACACCUGGUGGUCCCAUUUCGCCGCCUUCCAGCGGCAGUUCGCCCAACUCCUCGGCACAUGAGGCAACUGGGGCAGCAGCAGCAGCAGCGUCAGGGGCAGCUGCGCCUGCCAAGGACCCGUCACGCGAUAAGAGUUUCACGUGCAAGAUUUGCUCGCGCAGCUUUGGCUACAAGCAUGUCCUGCAGAACCAUGAGCGCACGCACACAGGCGAGAAGCCUUUCGAGUGUCCCGAAUGCCAUAAGCGCUUCACCCGUGACCAUCAUCUGAAGACGCAUAUGCGUCUGCAUACAGGGGAGAAGCCCUACCACUGCUCCCACUGCGAUCGCCAAUUCGUGCAGGUGGCCAAUCUGCGGCGGCAUCUGCGCGUCCACACAGGUGAGCGGCCCUACACCUGCGAGAUAUGCGAGGGUAAGUUCAGCGAUUCGAAUCAGCUGAAGUCGCAUAUGCUGGUCCACAAUGGCGAGAAGCCGUUCGAGUGCGAACGCUGCCACAUGAAGUUCCGCAGACGCCAUCAUCUGAUGAAUCACAAGUGCGGCAUCCAAUCGCCACCCACGCCCGCUCUCUCGCCGGCCAUGAGCGGCGAUUAUCCCAUUGCUACGGCAGCAGCAGCUGUUGCAGCAGCAGCUGCCUUGGAGUGCUCAACCAACAAGUUUGCGGCUAUGUGCGCCAGCUAUGGCGGCUCGGAGGAGUCUGUGGAUUUGGCCAAGAGCAGCUUGGAUGAGGAGGCACCGCUAGAUCUGAGCGAGGAUGGCGCCAGCUCUGUUGAUGGCCAUUGCAGCGGCAGCAAUGCACGCCGCAAGGCGCAAGACAUACGCCGCGUCUUUCGGCUGCCACCGCCACAGAUCGUGCACGUUGCCAGCGAUAUGCCCGAGCAGACGGAGCCCGAGGAUCUGAGCAUGCACUCGCCACGCUCAGCGGAGUCGCACGAGCACCACAGCGAAGACAUCGAUCUCGAUGAGCUGGACGAUGCGGCUGCGCUCUAUCUGCGACAGCAGCAGCUGCAGCAGCACUAAGCAAAAGUGAAAAACAGGAAAAAUUUUGUAUAUAAAAAUCGAGGAGUUCAGCGUGUUCAUCAGAUGAGGCUAGCUGAAGAGUUAAUGGAACAGGAAUUUAUGUCAAGUACAACUAGCUUGAAAAACUAAAAACUAAAAACAAAAAACAAACCCAAAACACAAACAAAGAUUUAA